AUGGUGCCUAGCCAACACGAAGUCACUUCCUUAAACCAUUCUCCAAGCACUAUACUAGGUCAAAGGUCUUCUACUCCGAAUCAAAGCCAGUACAUGAGUAACUCAGGUCAACAGCAUAGAAGUGCUGUUCCCACUGGUAGUGCAGCAAGACUUCAGCAGCAUCACCCUCCAUUUUCUUCUAAUCAAACGUACUCUGCUACGAAACCUUCUAAACCUGCAAAUCCAGAAUCUGUUACGCCACAUUAUUUACAUUAUGCAAAUUUUCAACCGCAUGUGCAAGCACCAAUGAGUCCACAAUAUCGAAGUCCUUUCCCUGCGCAAGUGACUCAUUCUCCGCAGCACUUCACUCCUACUCCUCCUCCUGAGGUUUUUGUGCCUCCAGCUCUUACGCCAGAGCAAGGUUUACAGCUACCUACUCCCCAAUCUCAGGGAAGUUAUUAUAGCUCUAAUACUACUCACUUAACAAGUCCAGGACAGGACCAUUCUCCAGAGAAUCCAAAUGUUCCUUCCAGUUUCCACCAUUUGGAACAAAUGGUUUUACCUCGUGUGAACACAGGUCCUUCGACAACUCCUACAGCAUCUGCUGUAGGUCCAAGUUGGCUUGGAUUCGUCUCACUGGCCGAAAGCGGAAUCCGCUUCCAAAGAAAUCAAGGAUCUAAUUAA